AUGGAGAACCCUGAAGCGCACGAGCCUAAGAGGCUCAAAGCUUGCGAUGCAUGCAAGUCACGGAAAGUGGACCUGGUACAUGCACACGCUGCUCGGAGCGGAAAAUCUCCUGCCAUUACAGCCACAAACGGCACCCUCGGAGACGCAAUGCCUUCAGUUAAUGUCCAACUGUUGCCUGACCAUGCGCCGCCAACCCCCAGUGCGAAGGAGCCCAACCGCGCGCCUACACCGUCACCUCCUCUUCCGUCAUUGCUUUACAUUGACCGACUGUUGGCGUCUCCACACGGAGUAGAGAGCGUUAAUGAAGACAAGCAAUUCGGCUUCAGGGGGACUGGUCUCUUUGGGGGCAAUUACAAUUUGAGCUUCUUCUCUGACUCCAGACUGGCUUCCUUGUCGGCAAGAUUGGGCAAUACCAAGGUGAAAGACUUGGUGAAGCGGAUAUCGUCGAUCAUUAAUGGUCGCGUUAAGCCUGCCGAUACCGUUCUGACGGGUCCCCUGUCCAGGAGGAAAGGAAAUUUCCUAGCCUUUGAAGAUAGAGAACAAGCUGCUAAGUGGAUUAACCGUAAUGUCCCCGCUCCCCAUAUUUACGAAAUCAGUUCUCAAAUGCUAACAAGCUGUGAAGUUUACUAUGAGAAGGUUCAUUCUGUGUUCCCGUUUCUGAACCGACAAAGUUUCGAGGCGGCCGCCAGCAGCCGGGAACUGCCGACACUUCUGAAGCGGGACAAGGCUUGGUCCGCAUUAUAUCAUACGGUGCUCGCUCUCGGCUGUCAACAUGACGGCGGCGGUAGUUACGAACCCGGGACCGGGAGGGCGUGGAGCCUAUUUUCCACCUCGCUGGCGCUGUUCCCUGACCUGGUCACACUGCCGAACUCGCUCAACCUGCUCCAAGCCACGGCUGCCAUGGCCAUCUACGCCUCCAGUAUAUCGUGUAUCUCUAUUGAGCACGCGAUUGUUUCCGAAGGGGCGCGGAGAGCCCAGAGUCUGGGAUAUACCACCCUGAGUGGAGAAGCUCAAGAGGGCUACCAGAGAACAUUCUGGUGCUUGUACACGAUGGAAAAAGUCGCGAGCUUCUACUUUGGACGCACAUCGGUCUUUGUCGACCACGACAUCGCUUGUCCUUUCCCACUCAUUUCAGAGACCCGUCUUGGAGACGUCGACUGGUCCCUGUCCUUUGUGCGGCACGCUCGCCUGCUGUCCAAAGCCCUCAGUUCGGUCUUCUCGGUCGGUGUGAGAGGCAGCUCGGGGUUAUAUUAUAAUGCCACUCUGGAAAAGCUGCUGGACGAGUUGGAGCAAUGGCGCCUCUCGAUCCCGCUCGAAGCCCGGCCCGGCGGGACGUUUCGGAAGGAAGUCUUGCAUCAGCCGCUACUACAACAGGUCAUUCUGUGGACGCACUUUCUCUAUCACAGCAGCCGGCUAGUCUUCCUGAGAGCCUUCCUUCAGCUGACGUUGAGCUUCCCGGACAUCAUCAGCCCCGGCCGGCAGUCCCAGCUGAAAACGGACAUCAUGGUGACAUCGUGGGCAAUCCUCGAGUUGACUACUUUUAUCGAAGUCGAGCCACAGACACCACUCUGGGUCAUCGCCGGCGUCCCGGUGAUCGCAUUGUUCGUGCUGUUCGAUCUAGUAGUCCACAGCCCGCGGCACCCCGAGACGGACAACAACCUCGCACUUCUCGAUAUGGCCGGCGGCCACUUCAGCAGAUUGCAAUACGCGAGCGGGGGCACCCUGCCAGGCUCGCUGUUGACCGAGUUCGCGUACAUUGCUCGCGAGUACGUCAACAACGUGCGUCUCAGAGGAAACGAGCAGGUAGCCAAUGACGGUACUAGCCUCAGCGACGGUGCAGUGUGGACGGCAAAGGGCGUAGGAGGCCAGAUCGGUUCGUCAGUUCCGCCGGCCGACCAUGGUCCAGAAGAAGGACCUAGUGACCCGGGCCCCAUGCAGAUGGGAGCGAUGCCGCUUUCUGCUGCUGACGAUCUUUACGAUCUUGACGCCGAUGUGUUUGCCGGAACCGAUGUCAUGAACCUCUUCAACUACUUCAUCCCCGGCAUCGACCCUGUCUUUUGGCCGGGGACUGUGUCGGCGGAGAUGUACUAUCCCACCCAAGACCCGUCACCAACUGAUUCAUCGGCCGCUCCGCAGACUUGA